AUGACCAGCCGAAGGCAGACUCUAGGCGCGCUGUCGCCCGCGCAGCUCAACUCGCGGCCCUCCCUCGCGGCCCCCGGGCGAGUGGACAACGCGGAGAAGAAGGACCGCGCGAAGCGCGUCUCCCAGAUGCCCCCAGGACGUCGCGGCAGCGUCGCUCCAGCGGGCGCGCCCGCCCGCAGGGCGAGCUCCAUGGCCCCAAAACGCGGCGCCGGGGACCGCCAGGACCCGCGCCCGGUGUCCGACAAGGCGUACCGCGACGGCUGCAUCCGUGCGCUGGUGACGUACCUCUCCACGCACGGCUACGACCACGCCAUCGCCCCCAAGCAGCUCGCCAACCCAACCAGCAAGGAGUUCACGCACAUCGUCAAUUUCCUGUGCCGCCGGAUCGACCCGAACAUGGACCUGUCCGGGAAAAUCGAGGACGAGGUCCCGCUCUUCUUCAAGCGCCUCCACUACCCCUUCCAGAUCACGAAACCUAGCCUCUACGCCGUCGGCGCCCCAAACACCUGGCCGCACGUCCUCGCCGCCAUGGUCUGGCUCGUCGAGAUCCUCGCGUACGAGGAGAAGGCCGAGGCCGCGCGCGCCCGGGCCGAACGCGACGGCGUCGCGGCCGAGGGCGCGGACGACAAGGUGUUUUUCGAGUACAUCGCGAAGUCGUACACGAGUUUCCUGUCUGGGGACGACGACACCGUGGAGGCUCUCGACCGCGAGAUGGAGGCGCGGUUCUGCCAGCGGCAGGGCGACAUGGAGACAGACCUCAACUCCCUCAAGGACGAGAACGCGACGCUCAAGGAGCGGCUCCGCGCGCUCAAGGAGGCGCCCUCGGAGCUCGCGGAGAUCGAGGCGCGGCGCGCGGAGCUGCGGUCGGACGUGGGCAAGUUUGGGGAGCACGUGGGGAAGCUGCGGGCGGCGAUCGGGAAGGAGGCGGGGCGCAUCGAGGAGCGGCGCGCGGACGUCGCGGCGCGGGAGCGCGACCUGGCGGAGCUGCGCGCCCGCAACGCGCAGCUGCAGGCCAGUGUGGACGCGCAGGCGGUGACGACGACCGACAUGGCGCGCAUGGCGCGGGAGCGCGAGAAGCUCGACGCGAUGAUGACGCAGGUGUCGACGGCGCGGGAGAACCUCGAGGCUGAGCUCGGCGCGAAGACCAUGGAGACGUCCGAGGCGCUGGACGCGCUGGAGCAGGUCGCCGCGCAGUACAACCAGCUCGCGGUGCGUCUCCAGAUGGCCCCAGCCACAGCGAAGCGCGCCAAGGGGCAGGACCUCUCCAUGGCGGUGUGCCGCGACGCCGCGAGCCCGUCCGACAUCGUGAGGCUCGGCAUCAAGUCCGUCGUGCGGCCCGCGGUCGCGCGGUUCCGCGACCACUACGCCGCGGUGGCGCGCGAGCGCACCGAGCAGGAGCUCGUCCUGCGCGAGAAGGUGGACGGCCUUGACGAGCACGUCAACGAGCUGCGGGGCCAGGUGGCGCGCGAGGAGGCCGCGGUGGGCGCCGCGGAGGCCGUGCUCGCGAAGACGCGUGCGGAGCUGGACUUCGAGAUGCAGCACGCGGGCGCGCAGGCUGAGCGCGUGCGGCUGGAGCUGGAGGAGCUGCGCGGAAAGAACAGCUCGGAACUGGCGGCGUCGAACGAGACGGCGGCGGACGCCGGGCGCGAGCUGGCGGAGACGCAGGCGCGGUGCGAGCGGGAGAUGGCGGAGAUGCACGUGGCGGUCGUGCAGGCGCUGGAGCAGGUGCUGGCGUUCAAGCGGCACGUGCAGGGGACGGUGCGGGACGUGAGGGAGCGGAUCGGGGCGGCGAGGCGGCAGGUGGUGGAGAAUGCGGUCGGGUGA